AUGAUGAUGGUGAUUGUUCUGCUGGACUACACAAACUAUGUUUGGAUGCUGCCGACUCCCAGCGGAGUUUCAAUGGAGUCUGUAGACAUGAUACACGUACUGAAGUGGCGCCCACUGCAGGAGCCCUGCAGCACUAGAGUCCUUUACUCUGUUCAGUUCCAGGGAGAGUUUGAGCUGAAGUUCCUGAACGGCAGCUGGGUGGAUGCUCCUGAGUGCCAGCAGACUCCUCACACUUACUGCGACCUGACCUUUGACCUGGGCUCCGACUCCGACUACAACAUCCGCGUCAGAGGGCAGUGCGGGUCUCAGCUGUCGCCUUGGACCACACUCAGCCGACCUUUCAACCGCAGAGACACGGUCCUGAGGGCACCAGAGAUGGUGGUGUCGGCGGUGGGCGAUGCCCUUCAGGUGUCGUUCGACAAGCUUCCUCUCACUGCUAUCGUCAGGGUGACGGUGUGGGAGAGAGGUGACGAGCAGGAGGCUGAUGUGUACAUGAUGCCAGCAGAGGAGAACAUGCUGCAUAUCGCAGCCCUGCAGGAGGGAGCAGAGUACUGCGUCAGAGCUCAGACCAUCCUGGACACACAUCUCCACAGCAGCAGCUCUGACACCCACUGUGUGUCCAUCACAGGUCCAGACGCCACAUGGAAGAGUCCAACCACUGCGACGGCGACUGUGAUCAUCAUGGCGGGUCUCCUGUUCGCUGUAUUCUGGUUCAUCGCUCACUGCCGUCCAGAAGCCUGUCAAAAGUACUUCCAGAAAGAGCCACUGCCCCGCCCACUGCAACCUGAUUGGGAUAUUCAAAUUCCGAUGUACCCUAAAGAGGCGGAGCUUUAUGAGCAGAUCGGUGUGGUGCCGAGAGUCGACCCCCACGAGCUGAGGAGCUCAAACCUUGAAGAUUCAUGACACAUCUGAAGGGGGUGAGGUGUGUGGUGCAUUCAAAUGUUAUGGGAGAAACUGGAACAAGCAGAAGAAAAAAAAACAACUGGAUGAAACGAUUAAACGAG